UAUGUACCUUAUAGCUGUAAAGGUUGAAGCCAGCGAAGCAGAAACAAAGCCCCCUCCUUCCCGAAAACCUUUCAAUUAUUUUACGGAAGAGAUACAGCUCUUCCAUCGGACGUCGACCUGUCUUUCUCCUUGCCGUGGGUGCCACCACCUCCCUUUCUUUCCCUGCUCGCUCUCCGCAUACAUACUACUUCCCCUUCCCCUCCUCUCUCUCUAACUUCUCUUUCUUUUCCAUGUUCCUUUCCUUCCUCCAUUCCUCUGGCCUGUAAUGAUUUCUGUGCCACCGCUAUCACCAUCUGAGAAUCCAAAGGGAAGGUUAGAAAUCUUUUCUGGUCUAUGAAAAUAUAAGAGAGGGACAAAUAAUCUGCGAGCUACUCCACCUCUAUUCUCUCUUGUUGUUGUUAGUGUCUCGUUGUGAUGGCGGCGCAGCCACGACAGUUCCAGAUGGGCGGCGGCCAUGCCGGUGGAGGCGACACUACCUACACAAAGAUCUUCGUGGGAGGCCUCGCCUGGGAGACCCAGCGCGACACCAUGCACCGCUACUUCGAGCAGUUCGGCGAGAUCCUCGAGGCCGUCGUCAUAACCGAUAAGAACACCGGCCGUUCCAAAGGCUACGGCUUUGUGACUUUUAAAGAUCCUGAUUCAGCAACAAGAGCAUGCCAGGAUCGAUCGCCGGUGAUCGACGGAAGGCGGGCUAAUUGCAACCUGGCAUCGACCGGCACCACUCACCGAACCCGGCCACCGAACUCCCAACAUGGGAUGGCAGGGCGGUUUAGACCUGUGAUUGGACCCAGCAUUGCUGCUUCUAUGUACCAUGGAUCAGCUGCCACAACCUCUUACUUCCAUCAGCCUGCCCAAUAUGUCUAUCCUUAUUCUGUUUAUGGAUACUCUGGAGGACACUCACAAGAAAGCAUGUAUCCAAUGAGCUACUACAGUUUGUACGGCGGCAGCGGAGGGCAGCAGCACCACCAGUUCUCUCCAUACUAUGCGGCUGCUGGGCCAGGGUCCUUCCAAAAUUUUUACCCAUUCUAUGCUCAAUUCUCGCAGGAUAGCCAGGCACAGAGUGGAUAUGGGCUGCAUUAUCCACAGAUGCUGCAAUACCCUCGCUUGCCACAGCAAUACAGGGCUGGGAUCCUCUCCAUGCAUCCCUCCACAGAGCUGACCACCGGGGUGACUGCCACAGCAGCUGUUGGGUCCAGCUCUUUGCAGCAGCUGCCGGGAAACACCUCGGCGCAGAAGCCGUCGUCUUAAUUCUUGCAUCUGAUAUUAGGCAUUCAUGCAUUUCCCCAUCCAACAUACUAACAUGAUCACAUUGAUAGGAAAGAAAAAAGAGGAAUCGCGUAUUUAGUGAUAUGAAGGGGGAGGAGAAGGAUGAUUUGAGAUUUCCUUGCACUCCUCAUUCCUCUCUGAUUUCAGAGAGGGUAACUGAUUCAUCACCUUGUCGAUGGAACAAGCGACCGGAUGUAGCGCUUGCUUCGCUAAAUGUCUUAGGCUUUACCAUUGUCUGUUCUUCGCCAUCAUCAUCAUGCAUUGUUGCAUUAUUUAAUCAUCAUUGCUGUUCCAUUAGACUAGGAUGGAUAGGUCUCUUUCAUUCGCAUGGAGGUUUUAGUUUUGUUCAGGCAUCGACCGGAGGCCGGAAUGGAAUAUUUGACCAGCUUUCCAGCCUCACAUCUUCAUCAUGCUAGCAGUUGAUGGUUCACUUCAGAGAGACGAUUUUAAGUCUUGAAGCUGAUCCAUUGGAAGAUAGCAGCAGAGGCCGCCGGAAUGGCUCUGCUGACUGACUUGUAAUGUUCAUGUUUGCUGCUUGUUAUUAAACUUUUAAACUAAUGUAGGAUUAAAAAGAUUGAUGGGAUUCAUGGUUCCUUCAACUGUUCUAUUUUUUAUAACUUUCUUUAAUUUC